AUGGUUGACCUUGGAACAAAAUCUCUUUUGGAAUAUGGUAUUCCUGAUACAACUACCGGAUUCCUCUCUAGUAUUGUUAGACCACCCGUCACCGCUCACAACAAUUUUUUGGAGAAGUGUGACACUAUGAAGCUCAAUGGUGUCACUGAUGAUACUAUUAGACUACACCUUUUCCCUUUUUCACUGCGGGAUAGAGCAAGGGAAUGGUUACGAUAUGAAGAGUGGAUGUUGAUCCAAACGUUCUAUAAUGGUUUGAUCCAUGAGUUUUGCAUAUACAUUGAUGCUGCUUCCGGAGGUUCUAUCAUGACUAAGAACCCAACUGAUGCGAAGGAUUUAAUUGAGAAGAUGGCGACAAAUGAUAAUUACCAUCCAGGAGGAAGAAAUGCUACUAAUAGAGGAGAUAAACAUGAUGUUGAUGCUCUAACUCUUUUGACAAAUUAUGUGCAGGCAUUAACUCAUAAAUUCGAUCAACUCCAAGCCGGGUCUCCUCGACCCUCGAUGGAAACUUUUCAAAUGUGUAGAACACAAGGCCAUACUGCACGACAAUGCCAACUUAAUUAUGAUGGAAUGACGAUUGAGCAAGAGAAUGCUUCUAUAACACGACCUCCAUAA